AUGUCGGGUCAGGACGAGGGUUUAGAAAUCGAUAUUGACGAUGACUUCUCUGUGAGGAGUGUUAAGACAGGAGCGGUAGAAGGUGCUGGAAGCGUGGCCAGUGAAGGUGCUAGUGUCGCUGCUAGCGCUGGAACGGCCACGGGAUCAGAUGUAGCUGUUAGUGUGGAGGCUGGUGCUGAGGCUGUUCCGGCAGUUACUGGUGCUGGGCCUGUGGCUGAUGAUUCCAUGGAUGUGGAAGUUACUGAUAGUAGGAAAAUUGAGGCACCAGGAUCAGAGGGAUCUCAGCCUGGAGCGGAAGAGAACGCGCUUGUGCCUCGACCGGUAGCGGUGCAUCUGAUCGGAGUCAACGACCUUUCUACCGACGAAGUAGAGAAAUAUGUUGGGUAUUAUUACCCGCGAAUCAAGUACAGAGUGCAGUGGGUCGACGAUUCGAGUUGUAAGUGA